AUGACACAAUUUGAACAGGACGCGACGAGAGCCUUUCAGUUGUUGGGUUCCGUUCGCGUCCAGUCAGCCAUGCUACACCGUAGCACGACGUUUUGUCUGGAUCGCUGCCUUGACACAGAGGAGCUGUACACGCUGCUACGCACCACUCAGGCCCCGAUUCGUUAUCGAUUGAACGCGGACCUUGCAGAAAAGAAGUGCGUCACGAAUUGUGGCGCCAAGUGGGAUGAACUAUACCGCAUGACGAAUAUGCGCGUGAACGAGGAUGAGACACGACGGGUGCAGUUUAACGCCAUGUCAUCCAUGAUGGAGGCCAUGCGGCAGUGA